AUGAUAUAUGCUGAAUAUUAUAUUAAACAAAAUGUAGUGUCAUUAAAUGAUAUAGAAAUUGAUGUACUGAAGAAACCUUUUUUUAACAGUUUAUUAAUUAACAGAAAUUUCCUGAAUUUUAUUAACAUUCAUGUUAUAAUUGAAAAAGAAAAAACAAAAAAUGUGAAAAGAAAAAAUGUACAUCUUUAUAAAAUUAAGAUAAAACUAAUAUAUAAUAAUAAUAAUAAUAAUAAUAAUAAUAAUUAUGAUAAAAGUGAAUAUUUGAAAAAUGUUUUACAUCAAGAAAAGAACUCCUCCGUUACACAAAAAUAUGAUUAUAUUGAAUCCAAAAGUUUUAAUGUUAAAGAUAAAAAGAGAGAAAUAUAUUUAAAUCAUAAUGUAAAUUAUAAAAAAGAUAUAAAUAUUUAUAACAAUAAUGUUAAUGAAAAUAUAGACAAUAUUGAAAGAACCAAUCAAUAUAGCAAAAAUUAUAAAAUGUUAUUUGCUCAAAGUGUCUCAUCAAAUGCAUCUCAUUAUAAAAAUAAAAAAAAAUGUAUGUCAAAUUGGUUAACAAAAUCAUGUGAUAUAAGUGAUCUAUUAAAAGAAAAAAAUUUGUUUAGUCAAAUGUUUUAUAUCUUCGAAAAUGAAUGUUUUUCAAAAUAUAUAUACUUACCUUCUUUUAUUUCCAUAAGAAAAGCAAACAUAAAAUCUAUCCACUUCUUAUUAAAUAAUAAAUUAACCAUUGUUCUUUCAUUAGAUCUUAUUGUGGAUAAAACAAAUAAUAACGCUUUCGAAAUUAAUAGAAAUUUAGAAUUAGAUAAUAUGUUAAAAUUAGAAAACAAUCAAAUUAUAUUAUGUAGAACUUGUAAUUCGAAUAUUAUAAAUUAUUCAAAUGUUAAUUCUAUUAUGCCACAUUUAUAUGUAAAUAUAAAUAAUUUUUUUGAACAUGCUUUUUGUGAAGAAUGUACUAGUUUUUCAUAUGAAUGUUUAAAAGAUACACGUAAUACUAUUAUUAUCUUUCCUAAUUAUCUGUCAUUUAGUUAUGGAAUAAUAAAUAAAUGUAAUUUAUCAAUUAAAAAAAAUAACCUAGAAAAUUAUCGACAUUUGUUUUUUUGUACUAAUUGUUACACACCCAUUGGAUAUUUAGAAAACAAUAAUAAAAAAAACAACUUUUUUGGUUAUAAUAAUAAAUCUAUAAAUGAAAAUAUAAAAAAUAAUAUUUUUCAAUCAAUACAACAAAAUAAUCCAGACGAUUACAUUAACAUAGAUCAUUCUAAUUUACUAAAUAUAUCUAACAAAUUAUAUUUAAAUAAUACUAAUAAAGAGGAUAAAACAAAUAUCGAACAUUUUAACAACAAUUAUAUAAACACCUUGCAAAAGCAAAAAGAAAAAAAACUAAAGGAAAAUAAUAUAAUGAUGAAUAAUAAUUUUUCAAGUAAUAACAUAAAUAUUGAAAAUGACUGUAAAUUAAAUCCCAAUUCUGAGACGAAUCACACAAAUGAUAAUGACAAAAAAGAUUGUCAUACCAAAAAAAGUAUACAACAUAAUAUAAUUCAAAAGGAAGGAUUCAUAAAUGAUGAUGAUAUAAAUAAUAAUGAACAAAAAACAAAAGAGCAAUGUGAUCCUUACGAUAGGGUAAAAUUUUAUAUAUUUAAACAUAAAAUAAACAUUCCAUUAUAUAAAGAAAAUAUUUUUAAAAAUUAUAAUGAUGUCUUAUUUUUAAAUGAGUAUAUUUAUAACAGAAAUGAGAAAUAUAAUAUUCAAACAUUUUACAUAACAAAUAAUGAAAAGAAAUACAUUAUUGAUAUAAGGAUAUUUAUAAAACAAAUGUAUAUAUCUUCAAUUUUACAAAAAAUAUGCAAUAAUGAAAAUUUAAUAUUUUUUCAAAAAGUAAUAAAGAUUUUAUAUUCUAUAAAAUCGAAACGUGAAAUAACAUGUGCAAACGCAGAAGUAUUGAAUGUGUCUAAAGGUAUUUAUGAAGAUUUAUUAAAAAUAUUGAUUACAUAUUCUUAUAGGUCUAAAAUAUUUAAAAACAAGUUCGUGUCCUACUUGCCUUUGGUUCAAUAG